CAUCGUCUCCUCUCACUCUCUCUCGCUCUUUCUCUACCUCAUACCCGAAGACCUGCGAAUUCUGUGAGGGAUCGAUCGUAUCCAAAUCGUCAAUUUCCCCAGGUUUCGAAAACCCUAACCUCAUGGAAGCUUACAAAAAAGCGAAACCAAGUUGUGGAGAUACGAUUAGCAACUUACCAGAUGAUCUUCUCUGCCGAAUCUUAUCUUCCCUUUCGACAAAAGAGGCUGCUUUAACAUCGAUUCUCUCUAAGCGCUGGUCGAAUCUGCUUCUAUCGAUACCUAUUCUCGAUCUCGACGAUUCCGUGUUGCUGAAUCCCCAAAAGGGUCGACGAAAAAAUGUCUUCUUCAAGGCUUUCGUGGAUAGGUUACUGUCUCUACGAGUCGAGACUUCAUCUCCCGUUCAGAGAGUCUCUCUCAAGUGUCGUCAAGGAGGUGUUGAACCAGAUCGCAUACUCAAGUGGAUAUUAACAAUUGUAAGGGAUCUUGGUGUCUUGGAUCUUUCUCUACGCGUUGAUUGUGGAAUCUUUCAUUUGCCGUUCCAAGUCUUUAGGAGCAAGACUUUGGUAAACCUUCGAAUCGGAACAAUGAUCCGUCUUUCUCAGUUUCCUUCAGAUGUUAUUUCUCCGACGCUUAAUUCCCUUGUUCUUGAUUUAGUUGAGUUUCGUGUUGAGGAUAAGGUUAGGUUUAAGCAGAUUCUCUCAGCUUUUCCUUCGCUUCAAAACCUGCGGAUUCAUGAAUCGACCAAGUGGAAGUUUUGGAAUGGGUCUGCUUCUUCUACUGGAACGCUCAAGAGUCUUACAUAUAGAUGUGAUGAUGAUUGCUCUGCUCCUAAACCUUGUGUUUCAUUUGAUUCCCCCAGUCUUGUUUACUUGGAGUAUUCUGAUAUGGUUGCGGAUAAGUAUGAAAAUCUGAAAUUGGACAGCCUUGUUGAAGCUAGGAUUGAUCUUCAUAUGACAGCUUUUCAAAUCAUGCGCAAGCCAAAUCAUAUUGGUUUUGUUUCUGGUGAUGUCACAACCUUGUUCAACGGGAUCAGAAAUGUCAAGAUCCUCUGCUUAUCUCCGGAUGCUUUAGAGGCAAUCUAUUACCGCGGUGAAAGGUUACCGGUGUUCAAUAAUUUGAUUUCAUUAUCUCUGGGAAGCGAUAAACCUCAUGGUUCACCAUUCAUUUUCUGGAAAAAGCUUCCGUCUCUGCUCAACAACUCUCCUAAUCUAGAAACUCUCACCAUCAAGGGUCUAGUGCACUAUGUUGCUGAAGGAUGGGAUAAUUUGAGUCCAAUGAGCCGUCUCUGCUUUUCCUGGGACGAUGUGUCGGCUUCUAUGUCAUCAUCUGCAGUAAAGGUCUUAGAGAUCACUAGGUAUAAUGGAAGUUGUCAAGAAGUUAAACAAAUAAUGCAUUUUAUGGGGAAAUUAUCGCGUCUUCAAAUGGUAAGGGUUCAUCAUAAAGCAGUGGAUGAGGGAGAAAAAAGUCGCCUCAUGAGAGGCAUUUUGCUUCUUUCCGAAGCUUCCAAAUGCGAGAUCCAAGUCAUGAAGGAAACUGUUUGAAAGUAGUUGUCUGUAUAUGAAUGAAGCUGGUGGACAAAUCUUACUAUUGUCGAAAGUAUAUUCUUGUUGACAUUUAUUUGUAAUCGUGGUAUUUCAUAUUUGGAUGUUGGCAUGUAUCACUAUCACUUUAGUUUCGACAUGAUUUACUUGAUCAA